AUGGCGGAACUUCUUGCGUUAUCACGUCAUGUAUACCUAAUCGAUCCAGCUACAGGUACAUACGAAGAAUAUAAUAAUGAAGAUUGGUCUUCAACAGUCUCUGGUGCACUUAUUCCCUCUACUCGUAAAGUUUACGUUACUACCACGUUCAACAAUCUUUGGGAACUUUCUUUGAACGACAAAAAAGUCCGAAAAAUAAGUUGGGAUGGAUGGAGUGCUUGUAAUACUUUAGUUGCAGUUCCAGAAGAUCCAAGCGAAUGUAGUUACAAAUUAUUUGCAUUUUGCCAUAAACUUUGGUUAGUCGAUGAUCCUAAUACUGGACAUUGUACAGAUUUUUUGGGUGGAUAUACAGAUAUUUGGGCUCGAGUUAAUGCUGCAGCAGCUGUUGGGCAAAAAAUUUUUGCUACAACUUCAGCUAAUAAUUUGUGGUGUGUUGAUAUUAUUACUAAGGAAACCAAAAAAUUGGGAGGUGGGUCAGACAAUUGGUCGAAUUGCAAAGCUUUGGCCAAUGUUGAGGGUAGGUUGUUGGCAUUCUGUUAUGGAUUGUGGGAAGUUAAUACAGAGAACGGAGAUUAUACACCAUUUUUUGAUAAGGAUUCGGAGGAGGCUAAAAGAUCUUGGAUAGGGGUAAAGGCAGUUACUGUUAUUGAUACCUAUGUUUAUGUAGUGGUAGGAGAUCAAUUGCUUGCGUUGGAUACAGUUAGUAAGAAGAUCAGGGAGGUAAGUAAGGAUAAUUGGGGUGCCACAAAGGUUUUGAUUGCUAUCUUGCCAUCUGAUGACUAA